GAGGACCAGAUGGUUCUAGAUGUCACCUAUAUUACAGAGAGGAUCAUUUCUAUGUGUUUUGUAUCAGAAGGAAAUGAUCUAACAUACAGAUACAAUCUAAAAGACGUAACGAAGAUGUUAAGAACCAAACAUCAAGAUAACUAUUAUAUUAUCAAUGUAUCUGAUAAAAGAGGUGACCUCACAAAAUUAAAUCCACAUGUAAAAGAAUAUGGCUGGCCUGAACACCUGGCGCCACCAUUGGAACGAUUAUGUAGUAUUUGUAAAUCCAUGGAUUCGUGGUUGAACUCUGACCCCCAGCAUGUGGUCAUCAUCCAUUGUAAAGGCGGGAAAAGCAGAAUUGCUAAUGUUAUCGCAGCAUAUAUGCAUUACAGUAGUAUUUGUGCAAGUGCUGAUGGAGCGUUAGAUAGAUUUGCUAUGAAACGUUUUUACGAUGAUAAACUUGGAGGUUUACCUCAACCAUCUCAACGAAGAUAUGUAAAUUAUUUUGCUGGAUUAUUAUCGGGUGCAAUUAAAAUCAACAGUAACGCUUUAUUUCUCCACCAUAUUGUCAUCCAUGGUGUACCGAAUUUUGAUACCCGGGGAGGCUGUCGUCCUUUUAUUAAAGUCUACCAAGGGAUGCAACCCAUCUUUACUUCAGGAAUUUAUAAUGUGUCCGACAAUAUGCAGAAAGUCUGUAUCUCGAUAUCUCCAGGAAUUCCGCUACGAGGGGAUAUUCUCAUCAAGUGCUACCAUAAAAAAGUUAGAACUGGACAACGAGAGGUCAUGUGGGGUUGCCAAUUCCAUACCUGUGCCAUCUCUGAUUAUAACUUGGUUUUCUCCAAACAGGAAUUAGAUGAUGCAUUUAAUGGUAAGUUUAGUUUUAUUUUAAAACACAGCUUCAUAUAUCAUUUACAGAUGAUAGGCCUGGUUCUCAAAAACUUAACUUGCAAAAAUAAAGAUUUUAAAAAAUACAGUAAUUUGAUUGGAUAA